CGGAUCACCGAUCAACGGAAAGAGCCAAAGAUUUCGGCUUGGUCAUGUGAUCAGCUGUGUCAAAUCACAGCUGAUCUCAUCAGUGCCACCUGUCAGUGUCCAUCAAUGCCAGCUGUCAGUGCUAAUCAGUGCCACCUGCCAGUACCCAUCAGUGCCACAUCAAUGCCACAUAUCAGUGCCUACCAGUGCACAUCAAUGCCACAUAUCAGUGCUCAUCUGAGCUGCCUUUCAGUGUCACCUAUCAGUGCCAGCCAGUGCUACCUACCAAUGCCAGUCAGGGCCACCUAUCAGUGCUGCCAAUCAGUGCCACCCGUCAGUGCCAGUCAGUGCCGACUAUCAGUGCGCAUCAGUGCCGACUAUCAGUGCACAUCAGUGCCGACUAUCAGUGCCACCUAACAGUGCCAGUCAGUGCCGCCUAUCAGUGCCAGUCAGUACCGCCUAUCAGUGCCACCUAUCAGUGCUGCCUAUCAGUGCCAUAUAUGAGUGCUGCCUUUCAGUGCCCAUCAGUGAUGCCUGUCAAUGCCCAUCAGUGCCACCUAGCAGUGCCUCCUCAUUGGUGCCCAUCAGUGCCACCUAUCAGUG